AGCGUGAAUAUGUAAGGGAGGAGAAGAAAACGGGCUAUCAGUGGGAAAUACGCACGUAAGGAGAGACAAAGAAAAAGGGAGGGAGAGAGAGAGACCGUGCGCGGAUAUUUUGCCAGGCAGCCCUGGUGUGAAGCUUGUGCCUGCGCGCUCGCUGCUUACUUGACAGCUGCACGCGCACGGGUAGGAUGAGCUCUUGCAGCAGCAGGGCUCUGACUCUGCUCUCCACAGUGUUUGGGGCGUGUGGACUGCUGUUGGUGGGGGUUGCUGUGGCGACGGAUUAUUGGCUGCUGAUAGAGGAGGGAAUCGUACUGCAGCAGAACCAGACUGUGGAUGUCAAGAUGGCCUUGCAUUCUGGCCUCUGGAGAGUGUGUUUCAUAGCAGGUACAGAGAAAGGUAGAUGUGUGGCCUCUGAGUAUUUCACAGAGCCAGAGAUUGAAAUCACCACAGAAAACACUGCAAAUAUCCUCAAGAUGGUGCGGACAGCUACUCCCUUCCCUAUGGUGUCCCUGCUCUUCGUUUUCAUGGCCUUCAUCAUCAGUAACGUGGGCCACAUCCGUCCACAACGCACCAUUCUGGCCUUGGUUUCUGGAAUCUUCUUCAUCCUCUCAGGGUUGAGUCUGGUGGUGGGGUUGGUGCUGUAUAUCUCCAGUAUCAAUGAUGAAGUAAUGAACAGGCCGCGGGAGCCAGAGCAGUUCUUCAACUACCACUAUGGCUGGUCCUUUGCAUUUGCUGCCAGCUCCUUCCUGCUCAAAGAGGGUGCUGGUGUGAUGUCAGUGUAUCUCUUUAUGAAGCGUUAUGCUGAAGAGGAGAUGUAUCGGCCUCAUCCGGCUCUCUACCGCCCCCGCCUUUCUGAGGGCAGCGACUACAGUGGCCAGUACCUGCAGCCAGAGACCUGGCCUCCCUCCCAGCGUGCUCGGAGCGCCUCCGAGAUCUCCAGUGACAUCUCCAUCCAGCUCACGCAGAACCCCCAUCCCCCGCAGAAGAUCAGAGGCCAGCAGAGCACAUCAUCUCCAGGACUCACAGCUGCUUCCAGCCCCACCCCUGGAGCUAGAUACCAGCUGCCAUCACCAGGUUCUGCAGCUCCAUUUCCCCACAACCAUCCCCUCCACCCUGGGGCGCACAGGGCAGCUGCAGCAUCCCAGACCCUGCCUCUGUCUACAGCACCCCCUGCAGUGCCGCCCCCACACUAUCACACACACAUGCGCAUGAGCGCUUCACCAUGCUAAAUGCAGAUGGAAGGGAAAGUUUAUGGAGUGUUUGUUUUUACUGAGAUAAUGCAUAAACAAUGAGAAACAGAAAUGUGAUGUAAGGCAAGAUAUAGUUUUUUAUAUGAGAAAAGGAAGUUAGAAAAAAUACUGUUUGUAAAGGCCGCUUUUUAAGAUUGAAUGUUGUGAAAUAUUAAACUGCAAUGGAUCGAAUGAGGGUUCAUGCAGAACACUUGACAAUCACACACAACAGAACUGAUAAUUCAUGUACUUAGACAUACACAUUAGAGCACAUAAGAGAACUAUUGCCUUCUACAGGUGAUAGGAAAAAUAUUAUUGAACAUAUAUUAUUUUUCAUCAUGGAACCUGUGAAUUUUUAGUUCAUACGCCUGAGAGAUGUUUUUUUUUUUUUUUGUUUUUUUUGUUCUAAAGAGUUGAGAAAUAUUGAAUUUUUGUUGUAUAAAUAUUGUGUAUUGUUGUGUUUUGGCUGCGAUUUGGUUCACUGCCUUUCUGCAAAAUGUUGACAAACCUAAUGGGGGAAAAAACUAAAUUAAAAUAAUUUAAAUGUUCUUAUUCUGUAGGACUCUUUUCUGAAUGUAUCAUAAUAUGUAGGUCCACAAAAUUAACACUUGCCUGACAGCAUAUUUUAAAUUGUCAGCGUUCACAGUGCCCUCUAGUGUUUAUGUGACUGUAUUAACACUGCGUCUUUAGCGCUGUCCGUGGUCCUGAAAUCGUUCAAGGCUGCUUGUCAGCGCAGACCGUGAGGCAAAAAUACACACAGUCAAACGUUCCAUAAUAUUUCAUUGCAAAAACAAAUGUACUGUAACCAUACAACAUCAUUGUGAAUGAGUAUAACAAAUCACAGCUACAAAUAGAUGUUGACCAGAUUUAAACUUUUAGGCAAUGAAACUAUUAAGACUCAUUCAAACCUGUAACGAUAAUCAUAAAGAAGGAUUUUAACCACGUUAAUGACUCAGGGGAAUGAUAUAAUUGGAAGCACUUUCAGAACGAUGCUUCCCAGCUGAUGAAUGAUUAAAAACAUUGGCAGCCAAUCAGAAUCCAUCCUGCUUUAACGAGCUAGCGCUUUUAAAGCAGUAGAAGACAAAACUGCAACACGUUUGUAAUAAAGAGAACUUUGACAUGCAUCAGUGUAGAUGCUAGUUAUGGUUAUCUUUAUAUUAAUUGUUCUUGGUGUUUUUGUUGUGUGUUUGUUACUGUGGCCAAUAGGAAUGUGAGCUGAAGUG